AUGACAAACAACAACUCAGAACUCUCAAGCCUGCGUGCUAUGGUAGAACAAUGUGUGACGUCCAUACCGGAAGAUCAUGAAGCCACUUGCUGGGGCUGUGGUCUUCGGCUCGUUUUUUCAAGUUAUUCACCUGUCUAUAAGUGUGGCUGGUGUGGAGCAGUCACCCAAGGCAACCAAACUUCAAGAAAACCUGACAGUGUAUGCUUUUCUCACUGGAGGCGUUUCCGGGAUGGGUUCUUUGUGAUUGUGCUCGUCCUCUUCAUGCUCUUCGUUAUAUGUGGCGGGGUCUGGGCGGUGUAUCCAGUUGUUUUCUCAAUCAGCAUCUUCUGUGGCAUGUUUCACUGCACAGUCACAGCUCUCUUAUCUAUAUUUACAAUUGCAAGUUAUUGUUUGGCCUCUUUCAAGUCUGCUGGUGCACCACCAGGCAUACGUUGGGGAAGCUAUCCCAUGGUUGGAAAAAAUGAUCUUGAGAACUAUACUUUCUGUACAUAUUGUAGUAAACCUAAACCCCCAAGAGCACAUCACUGCCGAUCUUGUAAAACAUGUGUGAUAGACAUGGAUCAUCAUUGCCCAUUUAUUGGGAACUGUGUGGGAGCUUCAAAUCACCAAGCUUUUGUCAUUUUUCUCAUCUCUGUGGUCACGAGUUGCAGUUAUGCUGCUAUUAUGACCAUUUAUGCAAGUUAUCUUAUAUGGCCCCCUCUAGAGUUUCCAAAUGUAUCAUCAUAUGGUCAAAUGGGUUCUAAGAAAGUACUGAUGGAGAUCAUUACUAGCGUGGCCAGUUCUGCAUUCUUCUUAUCAGCAAGGGGUAUAAUUCUGGUAUAUCUUGCAUUUGCCAGUCUAUCAGUUAAUGCGGGUAUAGCUGUGUUGCUGUGCCAGCAACUUAGCUUAAUAUAUGAAGGAAAUACAUAUCUUAGCCAUAUAAGCUCACCAACUGAUAUUCAUGGAGAGAAAGGAUUGCGAAAUCUUGUUCGAUUUUUUGGGUGCCCCUACCCUCUUUCUAGACUAUUGUUGGGCUACACCAACACUGGCAAGUCGCAGAACAAUUCAGGCUCAAAACUUCUUUAG